GGCCAAACUGAGUGAAAUUGCUAAGUCUACCCACAGAAAACGGAAUCUUUGCCAAGCCAACCCUCUUUCCUGGAUUUAGUUUUGUUUGAUUAGCAUUAUCAAGCCAAGUUCCUGGUUCGACGACAACAUUUUAUUAAGCUGACUGCGUUUCGGGACGCCAAAUAAACGACGUUUUUACAAACAAGCUGGAACAGACUCUUCAUGCCGUUUUGUUCGUCGCUUCACAUAGUUUCCGACUCUUCCUGCUAGUGCCCACUGCUAGACGUAGUGUUUCACUGACAUCGUAUCGUGUCGUGUCCCUCAAAAUCUCAAGCAACGGUCGCUCCCAAAAUGCGCCAUUCGACAACGUUAACCGUUUUAUGCCUAGGUGUUCUUUUGCAGAUAUCAUGGGUGGCUUCAAUUUCGAUGCCGACUUCCAAUUGCUAUGCUUUCGAUAAUUCAAGUCGCGUUGUUGAUUUCAGUAGCUGGAUUGGUUACCUUUUUGAGUAUGAUGUGAAGCAAGGUUCUGACUUGGUGGUACGAUUCUGCAAAGAUGUGGAGAUUAGAUCACAAACGGGAUAUGUUGAUUUUGGCCGAUUUGAUAGGUUCAACUACUUUGUUGCUGGUUCUGGCCAAUCUGACUUUGUACAAGAGUUUUAUAAUGGUGACCUGAUGGGUUGUGAACAAAGUUAUGACAAAAUGGGACGAACAGCCAAGGUAAAUAUCAUAUGUGGGAGUUGUUUGAAUGGACAAUGUAAAGGUCAUCCUGGAUGCAUAUGUAAUGUCACGUAUGAAUCAAACUGCAGAGUUUUAGUUGAACUUGCAAUUCCAUGUGAUAAACCGGGCCCACAAGUAUUUCAAGGCUUUACUGUUGGUUUUCAUCCACGAUCAUGGGAACUUGUUUAUAAUGGCAUGACUCAAUUUGGUUUUGAGAAACUCAAUCGUGAUUUUAGCAUUCAGACAGGGCAAGCUCAGGUAGUCCUGUUUAUGACCGCAAUUUCUUCACUCUCCUCCUUGGUUCAAAAACCUAGUUUACAGGUCAUUCCAAAUAAGGGCUUGGAAGUUAAAUUGUCUGGAUCUGCCGCCUAUGGAAGGCCUCCUACUACUUUGUCACCUACAAUGUUGAUUGUUGAUUGGAGAUGUGAGGUGGCCCGUGAUACCCCAUAUGAAGUUAAUAUCACAAUUCCAGUUGAGGGUUAUGAGCCAAUUCAAUUUGUGCUUACAAAAAUGUGUGACUAUAAGCAGGAUCGAGGUGGAGGUACCACAAGAGGAUGGGCAAUAUUUGGAGUGCUAUCCUGCAUAUUCUUUGUCUCUUCUACACUUUUUUGUUGUGGAGGGUUCAUAUACAAGACAAAAGUGGAACGCCAGCGUGGAAUUGAUGCAUUGCCUGGCAUGACAAUCCUAUCUGCCUGCUUAGAGACAGUUAAUGGAGUUGGGCAAGGCUACUCACGGCCAGAAGAUGUUAAAAGUGCCUUUGCCAGCGAAACCACUUGGGAGCGCCCUCCUGGUCCUUCUCAAGGUGCAUGGAAACCAAGAGAAAGACAAUAUGGCGCCAUUUGAAUGUGCACUCACUUUUUUCUUUUUGCUUUAUUUACUGACAGUACGUUAACAUUUUAUCUAAUUCUUUGGAAUUUCUUCUGCCAAGAAUGUCAUUUGGAUCAAUUCAUAUUAUGGGAUUUUGAAGCCUCAGUCAUCAUGUAUUUCUUUGUUAACAAAAUUCACAGCUAGAAGUAAAGAAGAGGUAGUUAUAGCAUGAAUCUAGCUGCUGAAUUGCAUUCA